AUGUAUAUCCCUAGAGGAUUUACGAAGGUGUGUGGUCAGGCUAUACCUGAGACGGAGCUGAUGGUGCAGCGCAUCCUGGAAGGGGGCCUACCAGGUGGGAGGCGCAUACUGGAUCUGUGCAGUGGAAGUGGUGUUAUCGGAAUUGCCUUGGCCACUGCAUGGGCCACCAUGAGGGUUGAUCUGGCUGAUCUCUCGGAGCAGGCGAUGGGUCUUGCUCGAGAGAACGCGAAGCGCUUUGGAGUGUAUGACCGACUAAAGUUCUUGGUCGGGCCCAUCAGUGACCAAGAGUUCACGGCAAACUCCUAUGACAUGGUCGUCUCUAACCCUCCCUAUAUCCCCACUGAGUCUGUCGGGAAUCUUUCGCGCACAGUGAAGAAUCAUGAAGAUAUCUUGGCCUUGGAUGGGGGUGAGGAGGGGAUGAAUAUUGUGCAAGAGGUGUUGAAUGUAUCAUCAAUGGUUCUGAAGCCUAACGGCAUGCUUUGGAUGGAGCUACACGCUGAGUCUAGUCAGCAUCGAUCUGUCGAGGAGUACAUAGCACGGCACCAUGCUACUGAGCUGGUGAUGCAAGAGGUCGUACUUGAUCUGAGGGAUAUGCCGCGGUUUGUUCUUAUACGCAAGGUCGACCUUGGUGGCGUCUUGUGA